CACUUCCGAAAGUGUGCGGUAGGCGGCGCUGUGACCCAACGGCUAGUAGGCGGGCCCUGGCUUCCCGCAGCAAUAAGAAAAAAGGAUCGAGGAGGAACGGCGCAGCUUGAGCGCCUGCAGCUGUCUCCUGUUCUCCGGCCCGCGGGAGACACCGCCUCAUGACGGGAGCUCCAUGCUGACUGACUGCAGGACAUGGGAAUCCUCAGCAUUACUGACCAGAUAGGCAGUGUACACCAGGCAGCAUUCCAGUCUCUGAUUAGCCCUCCAUGAAUCAGUCACCUUGGGUCUUACAUCGCUUCCUCAAGCUCACUUAGUGGCAAUGGAGACUUUGCGGCAGAUCGUUAAGGGGACUUUCUUGCUUGGCGUCUGCACAGGUAUUGGUGGCGUUCUGUGGGUGCUUGUGGCUCCUGGACAACAACAGAGGUUGGAAAUGUGUAGGAAUUUCCCUGAAGCCAAUCCAGCUAUGUUAGCAGAGGUGCGGAAACGUAAUGAGCUGGUUCUUAAGGUAAUUGAAGAGUCUGCCAAGACAAACGAGAACUUGGCCAGGAGGCCCCCAUGGAGCUCAUGAGGUUCAUUAACGAUGAACCUGGAAACGAUCUGGGUUCUUCCCCUUAAGUUGCUAAAGGACUGAAUGAGGGAAGUUCAGAUGACUGCACUUUUAUGGGAGGAUCUUAGCUAAAUGGAUGAUGUCCUGUACAGUCAUGUAGGCACCGGUAAAGCUUGAGUUGGACUCCAGCACUGUGUCCAUGAGCUUGCUGCCUGUAUGGCAGUAUCUGCCCUGUUUGUGCUGUACUUUCCAAUGAGCUUGAAACUGAAAAAUAUUGUGUAGAAUGCUGAAUUGAUGCUUUAGCACACCCCACCCUACCUUAUAUUUUUUCUCAACAAUGGUAUGCGUUGGAAAGUUUCUGCUCGGUUUUUACAUAAAUGAUUGCAUCUUGUUUACUGGGAUGUGUCUGGAAUUUUCCUUUUUUCAAGUGCAUGACUUUAUGAAGAUUGUUGCAAAAAUCCAAAAUCAUUUGCUAUACUUGAACAUUUUAUAUUGUUGUGUUGUAAACCUGACAUAUAAAAUAUAAGUACCAUAUCAAAAUGUAUAUUUUCUGAAAUAUAAUUAAUAUGAAUAUGGAAACUUUUUUUUUUUUUUUUUUAAGAGUCUCCUAGAGCCAACUCAGGUCUUCUAAAAUUAGCUGCCAAAUUGCUGUGCAUUUUAUUAUUGAGAUUAUAAAUCUUAUUUACUUGUUUUGAUAAAUACACUGAAUUGGUUCUCGGUUAUUUUCUGUUAAUUAAGAUAACCAGUUUAAAUAAAGUUAAAACUGUUAAAACAAC